GUAUACUCUAACCUUCAAACACGAUGAUUCCAGCACAGAUAUUUCGCCUAAUUCACACAAACAGCCUGCUCUGGCAGGCCACAAACAAAUCUCUACUGGCUAAGCUGCGCAAGAAGACUGGCUAUACAUUUACGAACUGCAAAAAAGCCCUGGAGCUGCACGAGAAUGAUAUGGAUAAGGCUGAGAAGUGGCUGAAAGAACAGGCACAGCAAUAUGGCUGGACCCAGGCAGCUAAACUGCAGGGGCGCAAUACUAGCCAAGGACUGAUCACUGUAACGGUAGAUGGAAAUCAUGCUGCACUGGCUGAGAUUAAUUGCGAGACUGACUUCGUGGCGCGGAACAAGAAGUUCCACAAUCUCGCAGAGGCAGUGAUCUCCGCUGUAUUGAAUCAUGCAAAAUCCCAGGAUGUUCAGAACAAAGUACAAAGGACUAUUUUCCAUGCAGACAGUCUCAAAGACCUGCUAGCUGCGGAUGGCAAACCAUUGAAUGACCAUUCCGCCUUAACUAUUGGCAGCGUAGGUGAGAAUAUCAUUGUGAGGCGCGCUCUUGCCAUCAGCGUACAAUCGGACGUGACACUGUUCGGUUGCACACAUCCGGCGCCGAUGAACCCCAUACCUAUAUCUUUUGGCAAAUAUGGUGCUCUUGUAGCCAUUAGGUGUCAAAAAAAUGACAAUAUGCUGGGUACGCAGCUUUGCCAGCAUAUCAUUGGCAUGGAUCCGCAAAAGAUCGGUAAUCCACGAGUGGACGAGCCGCACAACAAUACGGACGAAGAACAGUGCAUGAUCUAUCAGGAAUUCUUGCUCGAUCCUAGUCUCUCUGUGCAACAAUUACUAACGGAAGCGCAUGCUGAAAUCGUCGACUUCGCGCGUUUCGAGAUCGGUGAGGAACUUGAUGAGCAGUCACCUCUAAAGAGUGCUCAGACUUGCGGCUGACGUCAAUUGCAAUGCCCAUAAAUAUCCGAUUGUUUCACAUUAUCAUUAAUAUUAAUUUUCACAACAAUAUUACUUUAGUUAUAAAAUUAAAGAA